CUCUGCUUUCUUUAUCUUCAGUCCUUCUUUCUUUCCAUUUCCUCCUUCGACCACUUUUCUAUUUACAUACGUUUUACUUCAUAUCUCUAUCAUCUCUCAAUUCUCAAUUCACUAUCUCUCUCCUUUUAUCAUCACUCUAUUUUCAUCCUUACCUCUCCCCCCCCUCUCUCUCUCUCUCUCUCUCUCUCUCUCUCGCUUUCUUUCUUUCUCAUUCUUCCUGGAGGCUGCCAGUUGAUCGCAGUGUAGAGAGAGUGCCAGGGGCUAAGGAAGGCGAACAUCAGCAGAUGUCUGAAGAAAAUGACUCUGCUUGACCAGUUUGGGGGCUGGAUGAGGCAAAAAAGAGGAUCAAACAUUGGGAUUCAUUCUGCUUUCCACCACCUGCCGGGCGCCUGACUCUGAGCAUGGAAGACAACAGAACAAGAGGUCCAUUGAGCACGUAGCACUGAGAAUUUCGGAGUAUACUGAUGGACUUAACUAGGUGGAUUAAAAGCCAACAACAAGGCUAGAAUGGUGACAUUAACAUUUUACUAAAAGGCUUAGAGAACCAACUAAGAGAACUACCAACUACACAAUGAAUGCCACAGAACACCAUGGGUUGAUCUCUGUGAGCUAUAACAGGAACUCCAGCACUGCUGGGAGUCUGGUAUCCGUCAACAAAGACUCAGAGGGCAUUGGUCUCAAUGACUCUUCGACAGGAUGUUAUGACCAGCUCCUCAUCUCCACCGAGGUCUUCCUCACGCUGGGGAUUGUCAGUUUAUUAGAGAACAUCCUGGUGAUUGCCGCUAUCAUCAAGAACAAGAACCUCCACUCUCCCAUGUACUUCUUCAUCUGUUCUCUGGCUGUGGCCGACAUGCUGGUCAGCGUCUCCAAUGCCUCCGAGACGAUCGUCAUAGCCCUGAUCAACAGCGGCAACCUGAGCAUCUCUGGGUCGCUGAUAAAAAGCAUGGACAACGUGUUUGACUCCAUGAUCUGUAGCUCACUGCUGGCGUCGAUCUGUAGUCUCUUGGCAAUCGCCAUAGACCGCUACAUCACCAUAUUCUACGCGCUGCACUACCAUAACAUUGUGACGGUAAAAAGAGCGCUGGCGGUGAUCUCCCUCAUAUGGCUGUGUUGCGUGGCGUCGGGCGUGCUCUUCAUCAUCUACUCUGAGAGCACCACUGUCCUCAUCUGCCUUAUCACCAUGUUCUUCACCAUGCUGGCACUUAUGGCCUCGCUCUACAUCCACAUGUUCCUCCUAGCCCGGCUACACAUGAAGAGGAUUGCCAUGCUGCCUGGGAACGCGUCCAUCCGCCAGCAUGCCAACAUGAAGGGCGCCAUCACCCUCACCAUCCUCCUAGGUGUGUUCGUAGUGUGCUGGGCUCCCUUCUUCCUCCACCUCAUCCUCAUUAUCGCCUGCCCCAGGAAUCCCUACUGUGCCUGCUUCAUGUCGCACUUCAACAUGUACCUCAUCCUCAUCAUGUGUAACUCGGUCAUCGACCCUCUAAUCUACGCACUCCGUAGCCAGGAGAUGAGGAAGACCUUCAAGGAGAUCUUCUGCUGGUACAGCUUGCCAAACCUGUGUGUGUGUGAGCUCCCCGGGAAAUAGUGACCCUUUGAACAGCUGGCAACUGCUGAGGUGGCAUCUGCCUUUGUCUCCUCACAUGAAAGAGACAGCUGAGACGUUGUGUACAGCAUGAGGUCUUUGAUGUAGGUGCUGAUUGUGAUUGGUGAGGACUGAUUUGCCCUCUUUCUGCCCGUGCUCCAGGACAUGGCUGUAAAUUCUUCAAAAGUAGUUCCUCUUAACCGGUUCUGGUUACCAUGGCUCGGGUAGCCAAAGAGAAGGUUGGUUUACAUACAAACUGUAAAAACAGAACACAACACAAAACCCAUUUGUUCUCUACAGCACAAUCAGGUAUCUUUUUGUUUGUCUCGAGCAAUUCUGUUUUUAAAGUAACUGACCCAUAAUGUGAGAAGAUAUGAUGAUGAUAUGAGAAAGAUAUCUAUUUAAAAUAAGUUGGAUAUUUUAAUAUUUAAAACAUAUUUGAAGUACUGAGUGGCAGCUGCCUACACACUACGGUCUUUUUUCAAGGAUAACAUACACACUGAAAGUAGUGCUCACGAGCCGAAACUGGUCACCGAAAAUUGUGCAAAGUCGUGUACUACAUCAUCCAAUUCAUAUGAUAUAUUAGGAAUAUAUUUGUAAGUGCUUAAGAUCCAGGACUGCAUCUUUAAAUGGCACACUAUGUGACAGUGUACGUUUAUUUCAUACUCUGAACGAUUGAAAGUGGAAAGCUUCAAAAAGAUAAUCUACCUCCCGGAUCAAACACAAUGUAGCUGUUAGAUAUUGUGAGCAAACAGUAAAAAAAAAAAAAAAUAAAGUCUUGCACCGUGCUUUGUAGAAUAAAUGUCAGAGGAUUUUUCCUUUAGCCUAUCUUAGGCUGACAACUACAACACAUAGUGGCUCUAAAUUGAACAAAGUGAAGCACUAAUUGAAAUGAUUUCUCUUGAGAAUAAACCCAGUCGGGAGAGCUACAUCUCAUUUGUUUAAAAGCUAAAAGCGACCUAUGCUGCUUGGGGAAAAAAACAGACCUUGUGUGGACAUGUGCAUUUAUAAAGUCACCAUUACAUGACACAGUCACACUUUCAUCUAUAUUUUUAAUUCAUCCUCAAUAUGCAUUCAUCAAGUGCUUGGAUAAUUCUUUGCAGACUUAUUUUACAGUGUACAUGUAACUUAUUAUGUAUGAAUUCUAUAAUUUCCUAACCCCAACCCUAAUUCUAGAUUCUAUUGAUAUUGUAUUUUGCUCUCAAAUUUAAACCAUGUGAGUAUGUGCUUUUGUGUUUAUAUCAUGUCGCUUGUUGUUCUGGCCUUAAACAUGCUGCACUGUGAUGUAAAAUAACAAUUUCAA